AUGCAGCCCCUGCUGCUCCUCUGUGGCUGCCCCCAUGGCGCAGCAGCAGGCGCUGGCUGUUCCCUGCUGCCCGCACCUGACCCGCCACUAGCCGCAGCAGCAGCAGCAGCAGCAGCAGCAGCAGCAGCGGCAGCAGCAGACGAGUCAGCAGCAGCAGCAGCAGCAGCAGAGGACGCCGAAGGCGCAGCCGAGGGAGACCCCAGAGAGAGCUGCGGGGAUGAGGCAGCGGGGAGCGGCGCGGCAGCAAAGCCUGCUGCUGCUGCUGCUGCAGCAGCAGCAGCAGCAGCAGCAGCAGGAAAUGGGACUUUCGUGCUGCAGUCCGAAACAGAGAGACUCGUGAGAAGCUGGUGGCUGCGGCGGCACUUAGCAGCAAAACUGCAGCAGCGGCAGCUGCUGCUGUCGCUGCUGGGCGAAGUGCAGCAGCGGCGCUACGAGCUGCUUGCUGCUGCAGCAGCAGACCUGCGGGAGGCCGACAGGGAGGAGCAGCAGCACGAGCUGCAGGCCUUCCAGCAGCAGCAGCAGCAGCAGCUGCAGCAGCUCUACCAAGACAUGCUGCGCAAGCGCGAGCAGCAGCGGGAAGAAAGAGACAAGGCGCUGCAGCAGCAGCAGGAAGCAGCUUUGCGGCGGCUGCGAGACAAGCGCCGCAGGCCAGGGGACACAGACGAAGCAGCAGCAGCAGCAGCAGCAGCAGCAGCAGCAGCAGCAGGAACAGCAGCAGCAGCAGCAGCUCCAGCUGCGCCCCCGGCCGCAGGCGCAGCGCAGCCACAGCUGAGCAGCAGCGGCCCUGACGUGCCUGCAGCGUCGGCGAGAACAGCAGCAGCAGCAGCAGCAGCAGCAGCAGCAGCAGCAGGAUUGGACCCGAAGUUGGCUUCGCCGUCACCCCCGCUGCAGCCAUACGCUGUAGAGGAGCUGCAGCAGCAGCAGCAGCAGCAGCAGCAGCAGCAGCAGUCUGCAGAAGGUAGCGACCCGUGUCUGCUGCCGUGGAACGGGGACACGCCUUGCAGCGACGCAGUAGGGCUCGCGCAGCAGCAGCAGCAGCAGCAGCAGCAGCAGCAGCAGCAGCAGCAGGAGCAGCUCUUGGGGAGGGCCCACUUGACCCGCAGCAGCAGCAGAAAAGGCCUGAGGCAGCGCACUAGGGGGGCCCUCUUCUCUUCUGCUUCCGCUCCUGCUGCAGCACUGGGUGGGCUGCUGCAGCAGCCUUGCGAUGCAGCAGCAGCAGCAGCAGCAGCAGCAGCAGGGGCCUCGGAAGCAGCAGGCAGCAGCAGCACGAGCAGCAGCAACGUUGCUGCCAUUCGCUCCAGCACCCGCUUCACGCGUUCUAGUCUGCGCACAGCAGCACGUGCUGCUCGCAGGGCUUUGCUGCCUGCUGCUGCUGCUGCUGCUGCUGCUGCUUCGGGUGCUGCUGCUGCGGGGUCGCCUCUGGUGCAGGGCUCUGCAGCAGCGGGAGCAGCAGCAGCAGCAGCCACGGAGCAGCAGCGGCAGCAGCAGCAGCAGCAGCAAAUCUUGCUGCCAGCAGGGCUCACAGCGUCGCAUUUGGCCGCCUUCAAUGCGAGUGCUGCUGCUCUGAAGCAGAAUGCAGUGCCGUCAGCAGCAGCAGCAGCUGCUGCUGCGGCAACGCAGCAGCAGCAGCAGCAAGCAGCAACAGCAGCUCUGCAGCAGCUUGGACUCACUGCAGGCCACCGCAGAGGUGACGCGGCAGCAGCAGCAGCAGCAGCAGCAGCAGCACAGGCAUCAGAGGCCUCGCAGGUUCAGGGCCCCUUAUCCUUGGCAGCAGCAGCUGCUGCUGCUGCUGCACCUGCUGCUGCUGCUUCGGGGUCCCUUUUGCUGUCGGGGGGCACCGCAGCGGGCUGGGGCAGCGGGGGAGCAAGCAGCAGCAGCAGCAACACUGGCAGCAGCAGCAGCUCCAUCACACCACCUGGAACAGUAAGCAACAAUACUGCAGCAGCAGCAGCAGCAGCUGCUGCUGCUGCUGCUCGCAGCCCGCUGAUGCAGACGAAGCAGCUGCUCUUGGGGCUGCCCUUGUGGGGCCGCACGGGGGUUGGCGCAGCAGCAGCAGGGGGGUCACCUGCAGCAGCUGGCAGCAGCAGCAGCAGCAGCAGCAGCAGCAGCAGCGUGUCUUUGACCUGCGAAAGCAGCCGGUCUGACCAGCAGCAGGCCUCAGCCACAGGGGCACUUGCAGCAGCAGCUCCAACAGCAGCAGCUUUGUCUCCUGGAGGCAGCAGCAGCAGCAGCAGCAGCAGCAACAGCUCCGCAGCCCAGCAGCAGCAGCAGGCCCCAUCGCCAUCAAGACCUCCUGCUUACCCCCCACUGCAGCAGCAGCUACUGCAGCACCAGCUGCAGCAGCAACUGCUGCAGCAACACAUCCAAAACCAACAGCAAACAAAGAACCAAGGGGCCAGUCAACAGUUGCAGCAGCAGCAGCUGCUUUUGCAGCAGCGGCAGCAGCAACUGCAGCAGCAGGCGUCGCAGCAGCAGCAGCUCAUGUUGUUGCAGCAACGUGCUGCUGCCUUACAAGCAGCAGCAACUCAAGGUCAGCAGCAGCAGCAGCAGCAGACGCAGCAGACACAGACGCAAAGCCAGUUGGCUUCGGGACUGCAGCAGCUGUUGGGACAGCCGUCGCAGCAGCAGUACACGCAGCAGCAGCUCCAGCUGCUGCAGCAGAUACAACAGCAGCAGCAGCAGCAGCAGCAGCAGCAAGGCCAGCUCCCGGCGGGCAUUCACGCUGCAUCGGUGCAGCAGCUGCUGCAGGCCAGGCAGCAGCAACUGCUGCAGCAGUUUCAGCUGCACCAUUUGCAAGUAAAGGUGCAGCAGCAGCAACAGAUGCAGCAACUGCAGCAGCUACAACAACAGCAACAGCAGCUGCAGCAGCAAAAUCAGCAGCAGCCGCAGCAGCAACAAACGCAGCAGCAGCAACAGCAGGCGCAGCAACUGCACCAGCUGCAGCAGCUGCAGCAGCUUCAGCAGCUACAGAGCAAGUUGCAGCAGCAGCAGCUGCAGGGCCGUUUGGGAGGAUCUGCACAGUUUCCCCCGCAGCUGCUGCAGCAGCGGCUGCUGCAGCAGCAGCUAAUGCAACAGCAAGUGCUGCAGCAGAGGCAGCAGCAACUGCAGCAGCAGCUGCAGCAGAUGCAACAGCAGCAAGACGGCGCGCAGAUAGCUGCUCGACUGGCAGCUCUUAGCAGCGAGGGCAGCAGCAGCAGCGCAGCACUGCAGCAGCUGCAGCGAGCUGCUUCGGCGGGGCACCCUGCAGCAGCAGCAGCUGCUGCUGCACUGCAGCAGCAGCUGGGCACAUUUUCUGCUGCGCAGUCCCCUGCAGGCACUAUUCUUCGCCCUGCAGCAGCCCCAGCAGUCUCGCAGCUGCUUCCUGCUGCAGCAGGAGCAGCAGCAGCAGCAGCAGCAGGAGGGCUGCUGUGUUCUCCGGGAUCUUCGCUGCUGCCGCCUCCCCAGGGGUCGCCGCUGCUGUCGAGUGCUGCUUCUGCUGCUGCUGCUGCUGCUGCUCUGUCUUUGUCGCUGCCGCCGUCAGUUGCUGCUGCUGCUGUUGCUGCUGCUGCAUGCGAGGCCCCAGGGGCGCGGGCUGCGGCCAAGUCGACGGCCCAGCCAGCUGCAGCCGCAAACACUGCAGCAGCAGCUGCUGCUGCUGCUGCUCCAGCAGCAGCGGGCUCCCCGGAAGCAGCAGCAGCAGCAGCAGAUGCAGCCUCGCUGCACAGAGACUCUUCGGGCUCUAGUGCUGCUGCUGCGCUGCAAGCAGCAGAAGUUCCCAGUGCAGACAAGUCAGGUGUUGCAGAGUCCCUGUGGCAGCAGCAGCAGCAGCAGCAGCAGCAGCAGCAGCCGCGGGACGGAACAUCGCAGCAGCAGCAGCAGCGAAUUUUGCUCAAGAGCCCAGAGCAGCUCGUGGCUGCUGCUGCAGCGUGGGGUUCCUCUAGGGAAGCUGCUGCAGCGCAACAGCUGGAAGCAGCUCUUCCAGAGGCUGAAGGUGAAGACACAGCAGCAGCAGCUGCUGCUGCUGCUGCUGCAGCUGCUGCUGCGGGAGGCGCAGCGGCUGCAGUCCCUCACGUAGCUGACAUUAAUGCAGCAGCCAAUGUAGAAGCAGCAGCAGCACCGCUGGCAGCAGCAGCAGCAGCACUGGCCAGUGCUGCUGCUGCUGCUGCGCCCACGUCGGGUGCCUGUGCCCCUGGAUCCAGCAGCAGCAACUUUCCUGAUAGUGCUGAGCAGGCCUGCUGCAGCAGCAAUGCAGCAGCGCGCUGCUGCGCUACUGCAACUGCUGCAGCUGCUGCAGCUGCUGCAGCAGCAAUGCAGCAGCGCGCUGCUGCGCUACUGCAGGUGCUGCAGCUGCUGCAGCUGCUGCAGCUGCUGCAGCAGCUGCAGCUGCUGCAGCUGCUGCAGCUGCUGCAGCAGCAACUACAGGCAAGGGACACGUGUAGGGCAUGUGGAAACGUCAACGAAGCAAUAAAGCUGCGGACGGAGCGCACGGGGCAGCAGCAGCAGCAGCAGCAGCAGCAGCAGCAGCAGCGCGAGGCCACCAGCGUGCAUGCGCGCGGGCGGGGGCUAGGUUUUGGGCUUGCAGCCAGGGGCUCGCUCUCCCUGGCAGCUGCAGACCCUAGGACUGGCGGAACAGGAGCACAGAGCUGCAGCAGCAGCAGCAGCAGCAGCAGCAGCGGCAGCAGCAGCAGCAGCAGCAGCAGCAUGUUCAGCAACGCCUCGCCGUUCGGGGCCUCCAACACAGGCCAGGGCCUCUUCGGGGUGCAGCAGCAGCAGCCUGCUGCUGCAGGGGGCCUCUUUGGUUCUGCUGCUUCCACGCAGCCCGGCAGCAGCAGCUUAGGCACAGGACUCUUCGGGCAGCAGCAGCAGCAGCCAAGCAGCGGGGGCCUCUUCGGAAGCUCGCUGGGCACUGGGGGGGGCCUCUUUGGGCAGCAGCAGCAGCAGCAGCAGCAGCCGCAGCAAGCCACCGGGGGCUUCUUUGGUGCUGCAGCAAACACUAACACUGCAGCAGGCUCGGGGGGGGGCCUAUUCGGCAGCAGCACGGGCUUUGGGCAGCAGCAGCAGCAGCAGCAGCAGCAGCAAGGCGGCCUCUUCGGCAGCACCAGUGGCUUCGGGCAGCCGCAGCAGCAGCAGACCACUGGUCUCUUUGGCAGCAGCAACAAGUUCGGGCAGCCGCAGCAGCAGCAAACUGGCGGGCUCUUCGGCAGCACAGCAGCACCUGCAGCAGCAACGGGACUCUUUGGCAGCAGCAGCAGCAGCGCCUUCGGGCAGCCGCAGCAGCAGCAGCAGGGGGGCCUCUUCGGCAGCAGCAGCAGCACGGGCUCUACGGGGCUCUUUGGCCAGCCGCAGCAGCAGCAGCAGACCACUGGUCUCUUUGGCAGCAGCAGCAGCACGCCCAGCGGGGGCCUCUUUGGUGUCUCCAGCAGCACAAAUGCAUUGGGCCAGUCUUCGGCGAGUUCGCCGUUCGGGGUGUCUGCGCUGGGGUCGCAGCAGCAGCAGCAGCAGCAGCAGCAGCAGCAGCUGCUGCUGCAGCAGCCCUUCAGGCCCUACAGCGCAGAAGAUGGCUCAGGGGGGGUGGGCGGCCUCUUCGGGGCUGCUGCGGGGGCCCCCGCUGCUGCUGCUGGCUUCGGCUCCGGCGGCCUCUUUGGCAGCAGCAGCAGCCAGCAGCAGCAGCCAGCAGCAGCAGCAGGGGGCCUCUUUGGCAGCAGCACAACAGGUGCUGCUGGCAGCUUUGGGGGCAGCAGCGGGGGCCUCUUUGGUGCUGCAGCAAACCAGCAGCAGCAGCAGCAGCAGGGGGGCCUCUUUGGCAGCAACGCUGCAGCAAACACAAACGCAGGAGGGGGCCUCUUCGGCAGCAGCAACGCAGCAGCAAACUCGGGCGGCGGGCUCUUCGGGAAGCCAGCAGCAGCAGCAGCAGCAACAGGCUUUGGCAGCAGCAGCAGCAACACGGGCUUGGGUUUGUUUGGGACUCCCCAGAGCAGCAGCACGGGCGGGGGCCUCUUCGGCAGCAGCAGCAACACUGCUGCGGGGGGCCUCUUCGGGCAGCAGCAGCAGCCGCAGCAGCAGCAGCAGCAGCAGCAAGGCAGCAGCCUCUUCGGGGGCUUCGGGGUGGGGGGUGCUGCAGCAAACGCAGCACAGCCAAACGCGGGCACGGGCCUCUUUGGCAGCAACCCGCAGCAGCAGCAGCAGCAGCAGCAGCAGCAGCAGGGGGGCCUCCUGGGGGGCAGCUUGUUCGGGGCGAAGCCAGCAGCAGCAGCAACGGGCCCAGGCGCUGCUGCAGCAGGGACCACUGGUCUGUUUGGCAGCAGCAGCAGCAGCACGCUGGGCUCGGGCUGGGGCCUCUUCGGUGCUGCUAGGCCAGCAGCAGCAGCAGCAACGGGGGCCCUGGGGGGCCCCACAAGUGGGGGGGGGGGCCUCUUUGGCUCAGCUUCGGGGCUUGGCAGCAGCAGCACAACUGCAGCAGCAGGGGGCCUCUUCGGGGGCCUCGCGAAGCCAGCAGCAGCAGCAGCAGCAGGGGGCCUCUUUGGCUCUCUGGGGGCCCCCGGCGGCGCAGGCAGCGGGGGCCUCUUCGGCAGCAGCGGGGCGCAGCAGCAGCAGCAGCAGCAGCAGGGAGCGGGGGGCCUCUUCGGGCUGGGCGGCGCGCAGCAGCAGCAGCAGCCGCAGCAGCAGCUGGCCCUCAGCAGCAGCAGCGGGGGGGGGGCCCCCAGCAGCAGCAUGCUGGCCCUGGGGGGCCUCUUGGGGGCCCCCCAAGUCACUGUGCAAAUUUUGCUGGCAGCAAAUAGUGCAGCAGCCCCACAGCUUUCCUGCAGGCCUGUCAGCAGCUUGGAAGACAGUUGCUGCUCGGGGGGCCCCCCUGGGGGCCCCCCGGGGGGCCCCCCGGGGGGCCCCCUGGGGGGCCCCCUCGUGCUGCAGCUGGGGCGGAGGCCCCGGCGGCUGGAGGCUUUGCUGGGAGCAGCAGCAGGGGCCCCCAGCAGCAGCAAGUUGGCUGGGGGCCCAGCAGCAGCAGCAGCAGCAGGUUUGGGAGCCUGCUUCUCGCUGCCGCCGCAGCUCCUGCGGACGCAGCAGCAGCUGCUGCAGCUGCCCGACAGCAGCAGCAGCAGCAGCAGCAGCAGCAGCAGCAGCCGCAACGGCUGGCUGGCCCAGACCAUCCACAAGUCGCUUGCUGCAGCGCAGCAGCAGCUGCUGCCGCUGUCUGCGCGCGACUACGAGCUGCUGCAGCGGCUGCAGCAGCAGGAAGCUCCGGCGGCCCCCCAGGCGAAGCGGGCAGCGGCUGACCCCCCACAGCAGCAGCAGCAGCAGCAGCAGCAGCAGCAGGCGUCCGAGGCCGCCCCUCCCGCUUCCCCGGAGCAGCAGCAGCAGCAGCAGCAGCAGCAGCCGCCGGCUGUGCAGGAGCUGCCUUUGCAGGAGGAGGAGCUGCUGGGUCGUGUGGCUGCUGCUGCUGCAGCAGCAGCCACCGAAGCCGCCCGCAGCAGCAGCAGCAGCAGCAGCAGCAGCAGCAGCAGGGCCCCCGCGGAGCUGCUGCCAGUGCUGCAAAGCCCCCUCUAUGAGUGCUCGCCUUCUGUUGCUGCGCUGCAGCAAAUGAGCCAACAAGAACUCAGCAGAGUCCGCGACUUUUCCAUUUCCAGAAAAGGACUUGGCAGCAUUUUCUUUCCAGGACACUCCGACCUUCGCGGGAUCAACCUGGACCUCGUGGUCCACAUCGGCGAGCUCGAGGUGAGCGUCUACGCAGACGAGGCGCCUCCUGUGGGCCAGGGACUGAACAAAAGGGCCCGAGUGACUCUUUGCAACUGCAAGCCGAAGCUGCUGCGUGCAGCUGAGAGCAGCAGCAGCAGCAGCAGCAGCAGCAGCAGCAGCAGCGAGGAAGCAACGGAGCAGCAGAAGCAAGAGUUUGUCGAGAAAGUCAAGAAGUACACAGAACAAAUGGGGGCCACCUUUUUGUCUCUUGACACAAACACUUGGGAGUGGCGUUUUGAAGUGGAGCAUUUCUCAGUUUAUAAGUGGGUGGACGAGGAGGAUGCUGCUGCUGCUGCUGCUGCUGCAGCAGCAGCAGCAGCAGCGAAAGCGGCGGCAGACGCCGAGCGCGCCGAUGCAGCAGAAGCUGCUGAUGUUGCUGCUUUUGCUGCUGCUGCUCCCCCGGGGGCCCUGGAGCCGCAGCAGCUCGCGCUGCACCUCCAGAGGGCCCAUUUGCUGCGCACGGCGCCUCAGGCGCUGCUUGCUGCUGUUGCUCAGCAGCAGCAGCAGCAGCAGCGGCAGCAGAAGCAGCAGCAGCAGGAGCACAGGCCUGCGCCAGAGCCUUGUGAAGCACAAGACAAGGACAAGCUGCUGCCGCCCCACCCCGCUGCGCAGGAGCUGCAGCAGAAGGAUGCAGCGGCUGCUGCUGCAGCCGGUGACGGCAAAGAUGCUGCUGCAGCAGCAGCUGCAGCAGCAGCUGCUGCAGCUGCUGCUGCUGCUGCGCCUUCUUCAUGGCUCAGACGCUCGCCGUUUCCCGUCCGCUGCGCCCCUGCGUUUGGCCCUGGUGGCCUUUGCGCGCUGCCUGCGUUUAGAGCCCCUCAGGAAGCAGCAGCAGCAGGUGCAGCAGCAGCAGCAGGAGCAGCAGCAGCAGCAAGACAGGCCAGCGGAGCUUACGAAGUGGCUCUGCUGCGGCUGUCUCCUCUGCUGCCCCCGUCGCCGUCCCCCUGUGGUUAUGUGUGGCCGCAGCCGUUCGCCAGAGAAGCUGCUGCAGCCAUUGCAGCAGCUGCUGCUGCAGACACGGCCCGCAGCAGCAGCAGCAGCAGCAGCAGCAGCAGCAGCACUGCAGCCGCUGGCGCCCUUUGGACUGCGGGCGAAGUGCUGCCGCCCCACACGGCAAGAGCUGCAGACCCUUUGGAGGCAGAGGAGGUUGUAGAGAGAGCAGCAAGAGACUACGUGGCUGCCUGCAGCAGCAGCAGCAGCAGCAGCAGCAGCAGCAGCAGCAGCAGCAGUUGCUGCUGCAAAACCACCAGCUCUUCCUAUCUUGCAACGCCAAGGCCCUCCUCGAGGCUUUCGCAGCAACGGGGGAGCUGCGGAGGGGGCGCCUUCUACCCGCACUUGGCUCUAACAAUUGCUGCCCACAUUCAGCAGCCACUUGGGUCUCAAGCAGCAUUUAUUUACUUAGAUGGGUACCGCCGUGCUGCAGCAAACCCAGAGGGCUUUUUGGGGUCUGCUGCUGGCCGCAGCACGUGGGCGGCGCUGCAGCAGCACUUCCCGGUGAAGCUGGAGCAGCAGCAGCUGCUGCUUGCUGCUGCUGAGGCUUUGCUGCGGGCUCUGCCUUCCUUUCUUCACGGGCUGCUGCUGGUGCUGCAGCAGCGGCAGCAGCAAAUCCUGCUGCACGGCUGCGCCCACGUCAGCAGACACUGGGUGUCCCGCAGCAGCUUGAGGCAGCCGCUGCUGCAGCAGCAGCAGCAGCAGCAGCAGGACUGGGACGCUGCAGCAGCAGGCGUCUGCAGCAGCUGCUUGAGCCCUGAAGAGCAGAUGCAGCUGGUUUCAGAUGCACUUGAACUUUGCUGCUCGGAGGCGCUGCAGCAGCAGCAGCAGCAAAAGCUGCGCUGCUGCAGCGCAUGCAUUCAGUGGAUGCUGCAGGCUUUCCAGGUGCCGGCUGCUGCUGGGGAGCAGCACGCAGCGGACAAGGGAUCGGGGACGCAGCAGCAGCAGCAGCAGCAGCAGCAGCAGCAGCAGUUGCUGCUGCAGCAGCUUUCUGCGCUGCUGCAGCAAUCUGCCAGCAGCACAGACGCCGAGAGGCGGUGUUGGACUUCAAUACAGAGUGCCAUUGUUGAGGCGCGCGAGCAGCAGUGCUGCUGA